GCCACUGUUGACAACAUGAACGACAUGAACGAGCUGAAGAAGAGUGUGAAUGGUGGAGGUUUUCAGUUUGUCUGGAUUGGGCUGCAGAAGACGGGUCGUGAUGAAUGGCAGUGGUCUUCAGGUGAACCUGCGCUCUAUCUGAACUGGGCUACUGGACCACCAGAAAACAGAGAUUAUUGUGCUAUGAUGUUAAAUGGAGAGUGGCAUGAUUUGCCAUGUAGUGAUAACCGGCAUUUCAUCUGCAACAACAGACUCGUCUUUGUUAAUCAGACGAUGAACUGGAGAGACGCUCAGAGUUACUGCAGACAGAAUCACAUUGAUCUGGUCAGUGUGAGAAACCAGGAUGAGAAUCAACAGGUUGAGAAGAUCAUUAGUGAUAAUAACUCAUCUGGAUCAUAUGUUUGGAUCGGUCUGUUCAGAGACUCAUGGCAGUGGUCAGAUCAGAGUAACUCCUCAUUCAGAUUAGUCAAACAUGACCCUCUGGGACAAUGGCAUGACAUCUCCUGCACCAAUGCAUAUCCUUUUGUGUGUCAUGAUGAUAAACUGAUUGUGAUCAGAGAGAAUCUGACGUGGUCUGAAGCUCUGAGAUACUGCAGACAGAAUCAUGUGGAUCUGGUCUCGGUUCAUUCAGAAGAGAUUCAGCGUCGUGUGAUGAACGUGGUUAAACGGGCGUCUACUGCGGCGGUGUGGUUGAGUUUACGUCACUCCUGCACUGUGGGUUUGAUCCUGUUAUGA